AAGGUAUUCUGAACUGUAUUCAUGAUGCAUUCUUUCUUGAUAAUGAUGGGCUUUGCUUUAAUUUGAAGAAAUAGUAAAAAGAAAGAAGGAAAUGAAAAAAAAAAAAAAAAGAAGUCUGACCUUUUAAGUUUUCUCUUGUGUUAGAGUGACUGUGAAGAAACAGGAAAGAUGUUUCCAGGAUGUUUUUUUAUUAACAAUCCAUGUCGAGGAGCAGAUAGGCUAAUCCUGGGUGGUUUUGCAGUAUAUGGAAGACAAACGUCCUGAGAUUGACAGCUCUGCAUGCUGACAAGCAGCCAAAAGGCUACAUCAUAUCUUUGCCUUGACCUUUUGUGUCAAUUUACUGCCAGUCCAAAACCAGUUUCCAGUGCAGUGACUGUAUUUGUAACUGUAAAGGCAGGUGGGGUUAGAGUAUGGUUUCACAGUGUGAAACAAUGUCUGAAACACACACACACACACAAAAAAAUAAUAAAAGGAAGAAAAAAAGAAAUAAAGUAAAAAUCACCCCAAAUUAAAGAGAGGCAGUAUCCUACCAUUCACUGCAGGCAUUCAGAGUGUAGCGGUGAACAGCCCUGUCCAGCAAGCUUGAGGCUGGCAAAGCGUAUACCCUGGUUGUGGGGUAAUCACAAAGGCUUUAAGGAUGUGCUGUCUGUAUCCCCUUUUCCACUGAAAUUAACUUUUCUUUAUAGCAGAAGAAACACAGAAAUGUACUGUUUGUGUAUUGGCUGAGAUGGCAUUUUUGAAUCACAGUUCCCUACAACAGGGUGUUUUCCAUAUCUAAAUUCCACUCCUUACCAUGCCCCUUUCCAAUCCCCCCAGUCAUAGACUCCAGCUAAUACAAUUUACUAGGUCACACUCUGGUUAAUAAAAACAGCUGUUUUGUCCAGCCUGCUGACAAUAUUUAUAUCAGUGUUCAAACGUAGACCCAAACUUUCUGCCUUAGUUUACCUUUUUUCAGUUUGAAGAAACAAGACAUUUUGCCUGCUCUGCAUCCUUAAAUGACAGAGAGCGUGAUGAUGAAGUGCUAUAACUAACAGACUGCUUAUUGACUUCAGAGCUAACAAAAUGAUACAAGAAAAUUACUUUACCUCCUGUUUUCAGAAGUAAAAUCGGAUUGGAGAACUUCCCCCAAAGACAAUUGAUUACAGACUUGAGAAGUUGUUGCUAAGACUGAAGAAGUUACAGCCACAUAAGCUGUCAACCAAAUUCAGUAGCUCACACUUGAAUCCCAGUUAUCUGCAGAAAAGCCUUUUUUUACACUAGGGUGCCAACAUACAGUUUUCAGGCCCAAUAAACAAGUAUUUUUGCACGAUAUUAGCAUGAGGUUUCUGUGAGGAUGUUAUGGGUAUACCACAAAUACACAGUGACUGCUAUUCCUUGUUAUUCCUUGGUUGCUUCUCUGUAUAACAAAACUGACCAUAAGCACCCUUUACUCCCAACUUUUCCAUCCUACCUUCUUUCUGCAUACAGGUAAGAUAUAAUGCAAGAAAUACAUGCAGUCAGAGAUACUUUUGCUCUGAAAAAAAUUCACCAUCUGCAAAGCAAAGGAGGAAUAGCCCAGUCAUUGGACUGUAUUGCAGUUUAUUUCCAGGCUGUUGAUACUGUUUUGCAAAUGGAAGAAUUUGAACCUUACACACAAGAGCACGAAGAGCUACCACAGAAAUUCCUCUCUUGCAAGAGAGGAAUUUCCUUCCAUCAAGGCACCACAAUGUGACUCAUCAUGUCUGGACAAGUGCUCUGUUUAAGGAGAGCUGGUCACUGAAGAUUUUGAAGAACUGCAACUCAGCAUUGGAUCAAGGCACUGCAGAGAGCUAGAGAUGAAGAGUGAGGAUGGGCAAGCCACUUCUGCACGGUGACUUCUGCAUACGGAAAGAAGGGUGACGAGCUGGCAAUGGAGGAUGAGGAAGGCUACACAGCUUUAAAUUUACGACCCUCAACUUCAGUUAUCACUCCUGGAUAUUUGAGCAACAAGAAAUGUUCUGCAUUUAAGGCUCCAGAAAGUUGUGUUUUAGUAGACAGAGCCUCUGACUCAUCUUCUAUAUGGCGGCCAGUGGCCUUUGCUUUCCUCACUUCAUGCCUGGUGCUGCUGCUGGGGCUGGUAGCCCUGCUGGCCCUGUUUUUUCAGGUUUCCAAGGAUCCUGAGGAAGGAAAGAAGCUACAGGAAAUGAGGGAAGCGUUAUGUUUUGAAGGAAAGGAGAAGAAUGAAACAAAAUGUGCCCUCUGUCCAGCAAGCUGGCAAAACAGUGGAGCUGACAACUGCUUCUACAUUUCAAAGCAGAAGAAAACAUGGAAGCAAAGUCAAGAGUUCUGUACCUCAAGAAACUCCACUCUUCUUGUGCUAAAAGACAAAGCAAAGAUGGUUUCUCUGCCACAGGAUUCACAGUUUUACUGGGUUGGAUUAUCGUACAUAUCUGAAAGGAGUGGCUGGUACUGGGAGGAUGGAACAGCUUUUUCAAAAGAAGCAACAAAUUGGGUUUUGUUAUAUGACAGCAUCUUCUGUGCCUCCUUAUACGGACGGAUCAUUUAUGCCAGCCACUCCUGUUCAACACAGCAAUUCUGGAUCUGUGAGAAAGUGGCUGUUCAUUUCACCUGAAGAAGCAGUGCAAGAAGGGAUGUGGGAUCUGCCACUGUGAGAUACCCACUUCAGGAACUGGAAGUUUUAUAUAUAUUUUCAUUUUUGUUUAUCAUGAAGUUUUCUCAGAAUGGUGAUUCAAAUGGAUGUGUUAUUAGAGACUAAGUCUUCCUCUUUGUCUGCAUUUUCCCUCCCAGGUUUACAAAUCGGAGAGGAAAAAAGAAAAACAACCUAUAAAGCUAGAAAUACUAGCUACAGUCAAGCAGUGAUUCUUGCGUGGCUAAGUUGACAACCACAAAUUUUUGCAGAGCUUUAUAUUUUUGAGCUUCAGUCAGCAUUUUACACUAACACCUGCCAGGCACGAACCAAACCAACCACAUCCUUGAUGGUUUUUCUUGCAGACUUUCUUAAUGUACGCACUAACUACUGUCCACACGUAAUCCUCUUCUAGGGCAAUUUGCCCAGGCAUGCCUUCUUUCCUAAAUCUAUUCUGCCAGCUGUUACCCUGGUUGAGUUACAGGGAUACAGAAAGAACCCAAAUCUCUAUUUAUGCAUAAAAAUAUAUUCAUAUAUGCAUUAAUAUUUAUAAAAUUUAAAGGAUAUUUGUGAGAAGACUACAGGGAAUCCCUGGAAGCAAUCUCUUCAAAAAGCAGAGUCAAAUGUCACAUUUGGAUUAAAAUAUUACCUGAAUAACUUCAGUGCUAUCAUAUUAUUAAUUGCUAUGCAAAUAACAGUAAGAAUAUUAAUUAUGUGCUCCAUUGAGAACUACAUACAAUUUGUAUUCAAACUGAUGCAGAAUCCAUUGCCACACUUGAGCUGGCACACUUGAGCUCUUGUAUUAUGUCUACACUGCUUGGGACCUCUGGACCCCAAGGUACACACUGUGCAUCAUGUGUUAUUAAAGCACUUGUCAUACUUCUUGAAGGAAGAUGAUGCCUCCAAUUUUCUGGGUGGAGUUUCAUUGUAUGAGUUCCUUGAAGUUGUAUGCCAGCAUCUGUUUUGUGUUUCAUAUGCGUAUAUUCCUUUUAUAUAUAUACCUUGUAUUGUGUGCAUGUGCCUUAGUAUUUGGAGACUUUCCUUAAAAUAAGUGAAAAAAUGAUAGUAUGUUUUUAAUAUUCAAUAUUUCCUUGGAAAAUA